GGAGGGGUCGGUGGACCAGAGAGUUGGGGAGGGAGGUACAGAAGGAAAAGGAGUGGCCUUCUGCUGAUAAUCGCCCUCUCUACCGGAGGAAAGCCUUCUCUCAGUGGCAGCUUACAGGAGGGAAAACAAACCAGAAGUUUGAGAUACAGAAUAGGGAAGGAGAAAGAAGAAAAGAGACAGCUGCCUUCAAACCACAGUUUCUCAGAGGCUGUAUGUGGAUUUCAUACAAUCAUGGCAACAGCAGCUCCACCAAAAAGGAUGGUGUCUUCUUUCUUCAUCACUCUGGCGUCUCCUCAUCGGGCCACUGUGACACAGCAGCAGCCCGCUCUGCAAGCCCACAGUGCUGCUGUACAAGUCAGCCCAAGAGACAACAUCCCCUCCCUCAGACAUAAGAAAGAGGACCACUCACACAGUGAUGUAGACAGCAAAGGCCUGACUCACACCGGGGCCUCGUUCCCAGCUUCAGACCCUCAGAGUCCAAAACCUGCCCAGCCUGAACUCAGAAGAGCAAAACUGCAGGAGGAGGACAGAGAUGCUGCAGAACUCUUGCCUCCUCCACCUCCUCCACCUCCUUGUCCUCCUUCUCCACCUGCUGCACUGCCUUCAGCUCUGGGAACACUGCUGUCUGAAGAAUCAGCACUUCCACCACCUCCUCCUGCCCAGACGUCUCUCUUCCACCCUUCAGCUCCAGGCGAGCAGCCACUUUACAACAGAGAGGUGGAAACAAGCACACCAUCUAGUGGGUUAAAUCAAGAUGAACAAUCCCAUGAGAUCCAUAAAAAAGACCAAGACACGAGCGGGGAGAGUAAAGAGGUGUGCGGCUUCUGUCGGAAACCUGUGGCUCUUUCUGAACCGGCAAUAGAAGCCUUGAACAGGACAUACCAUGAUGGUUGCUUCCAGUGUAGAUCUUGUCACAUUCCCCUGGCUGGUAAACAGUACUACAACAAGGCGGGGAUCCCACUCUGUGCAGACUGCUACCAGGCCAGUCUUGAACUUUGUUGGGCAUGUGGGGAGGCGAUAACAGAUCAUGUGAUCCGUGCACUGGAGCGAGCAUACCAUCUUUCCUGUUUCACCUGCACAACAUGUAAAGAGCAAAUUGGAGAGCAAACCUUUGCCCAGGGAGAAGUUGGAGAAGUUUACUGCCUCCAGGAUUAUUACAGGAAGUAUGCUCCAAAAUGUAAUGCCUGCAACCAGCUAAUCAUUCCAAAAGAAGAUGGUACUGACAGCUAUAACGUUGAAUGCCUGGGGCGCUCCUAUCAUGAGAACUGCUACAGAUGUGAGGUCUGUGUCAUCCAGCUCUCUCCUGAACCCAACGAACAUGGCUGCUAUCCUUUGGAUGGGAAGAUGCUCUGCAAAUCUUGCCAUCUGAACUUGGUUUCUGGCCAGCACUAACACAGGCCUUGUAGCUAAAGAUAAACUGCAACUGAUGGAAAAGCUUCACAGCCUCCAGCCCACCUUCAAGGAGGUGGAAGACUUUACAUGUCCAUUUAAGAGUCUGGAAUAAAAACAUCAAACAUCUUUUUACAAUAGAACAAUACUGAAAUAUGGCUAUAUUAUUUUACAUUAUAUCACGCUUUCUGAAGAUUCUCCUAUUCUUCUUUUAUACUUGAUAAUUUUGCACUCAAUAAACUCUACAAAAUGCACCAAAUAUAUUGAUGCAACAAACUUUGCAAAA